AUGAUCGUCCCGCGUUUCGAUACCAUCUUCACCGUUGGCGCUGCCAUCUCUGCCGGCGUUGCCUUGGCUGCUCCCGCGGUUCAGCCUGGUCUCGAUACCCGAGACUUGGCCGAGAACGAGGCCUUUCUCGCCGAGGACUUCACCGCCUUCAUCGACCGACGUGACGAUGACGAUGAAUGGCGCCGCCGCCGUCGUUAUGGCAACGUAGAAGACGACGACGGCAAGAAGAAGAAGCAAGACUUCGGUCUUGAGGAGGGCUGGUAUCGUGGAGGCAAACCACAAGACUUCUCCGACUCCAUCGAGCGACGCGACGAUUCUGACGAUGAAUGGCGUCGCCGCCGACGCUACGGCCAGGCUGAAGUUGACGAUGGCAAGAAGAAGAAGGACGUCGACGACGGCAAGAAGAAGAAGGAUGAUGUCGACGAUGGCAAGAAGAAGAAGGAAGCCAGAUCCGAGGAUGAUGGCAAGAAGAAGAAGCAGGACGUCGACGAUGGCAAGAAGAAGAAGGAAGCCAGAUCCGAGGAUGAUGGCAAGAAGAAGAAGCAGGACGUCGACGACGGCAAGAAGAAGGAUGUUGACGACGGCAAGAAGAAGGAAGCCAGAUCCGAGGAUGAUGGCAAGAAGAAGAAGCAGGACGUCGACGAUGGCAAGAAGAAGAAGGAAGCCAGAUCCGAGGAUGAUGGCAAGAAGAAGAAGCAGGACGUCGACGACGGCAAGAAGAAGGAUGUUGACGAUGGCAAGAAGAAGAAGGAAGCCAGAUCCGAGGAUGAUGGCAAGAAGAAGAAGCAGGACGUCGACGAUGGCAAGAAGAAGGAUGUUGACGACGGCAAGAAGAAGAAGGAUGAUGUCGAUGACGGCAAGAAGAAGGAAGUGAGGUCUGAGGACGAUGGCAAGAAGAAGAAGCAGGACGUCGACGACGGCAAGAAGAAGAAGGAUGAUGUCGAUGACGGCAAGAAGAAGAAGGAAGUGAGGUCUGAGGACGAUGGCAAGAAGAAGAAGCAGGACGUCGACGACGGCAAGAAGAAGAAGGACGAUGUCGAUGACGGCAAGAAGAAGAAGGAAGUGAGGUCUGAGGAUGAUGGCAAGAAGAAGAAGACGGAAGACUUUGCCAUGCAGCAAGAUAGCUCUGACGACGAAUGGCGCCGCCGCCGUCGUUAUGGAGAGGAUGUCGACUUCACGGCCUUCGUUGAGCGCCGCGACGAGUCCGAUGAGUACCGCCGCUACUGCCGCCGCCUCCGUCAGAGCAACAACGACGAUGAGUACCGCCGCUACUGCCGCCGUCGCGAUGAGGCGGAAGCUUCUCUUUCCACAGGAGAGGAGGGCCAACUCAGAGGCGACUACUAA